GCCUAAUGCACGCACACAAGCUCUGUGCCAUUACAGUCCUGGGCCUGCAUACCUACACACUUCUGCGCGCUUGGUGGAUUAUUUUCCUGGCACUUUUACGCGUGCCCUCGAUUUCUGCGGAGUUUACGAACUGUUGCUCUGAAUCAAUGCUCUCAAUCAGGACCAAACCCAGCGAACAACUGCACGAGACAUUUGUGCGUGAUAGUUAACUAGGCUACAACAGGAAGCUUUCGUGCGGUGAUGGCGGGCUGCUGUAUGUCCGCAGAGGAACGGGAGAAGCAGCGCAUCAACCAGGAGAUCGACAAACAGCUGCGCAAAGACAAGAAGGAUUCGCGGAGGGAACUCAAACUACUGCUACUAGGCACUGGUGAGAGUGGAAAAAGCACGUUUAUAAAACAGAUGCGGAUCAUCCAUGGCACUGGCUACAACGACGAGGACAAGCGCAGCUUUAUAAAGCUGGUCUUCCAGAACAUCUUCACAGCCAUGCAGUCCAUGCUGCGGGCCAUGGAGACAUUGCAAAUCCCUCUGGCUGAUUCCAGAAAUGAGGGGUAUGUUCAGAUGGUGUUAGAUGUGGAGGUGGACAAGGUCCAGACUCUGGAGAAUGGCCAGAUAGAGGCCAUAAGGGCCCUGUGGAAUGAUGGCGGUGUCCAGAUCUGCUACGAACGCCGCAGGGAGUAUCAGCUCUCAGAUUCUGCCAAGUACUACCUAGGUGAUUUGGAACGUAUAGCUGACCCAGGCUACUUGCCGACCCAGCAGGACAUUCUGAGAGUCCGUGUGCCAACCACCGGCAUAAUUGAGUACCCAUUUGACCUGGAGAAUGUCAUCUUCAGGAUGGUGGAUGUCGGGGGUCAAAGGUCAGAGCGCAGGAAGUGGAUCCACUGCUUUGAGAACGUCACGUCUAUCAUCUUCCUGGUGGCGCUCAGCGAGUAUGACCAGGUGCUUGCUGAGUGCGAUAAUGAGAACCGUAUGGAGGAGAGUAAGGCCUUGUUUAAGACCAUCAUCACCUACCCGUGGUUCCAGCAGUCGUCGGUCAUUCUCUUCCUCAACAAGACAGACAUUUUGGAGGAGAAGAUCCAGCACUCCCACCUGGGUAACUACUUCCCAGAGUUCAACGGCCCUAAAAAUGACCCGAAGGCAGCUCGCGAGUUUAUCCUGCGCAUGUAUCAGGAGCAGAACCCUGACCGGGAGAAGACCAUCUACUCUCACUUCACCUGUGCCACCGACACCGAGAACAUCCGCUUUGUGUUCGCCGCUGUCAAGGACACCAUCCUUCGGCACAACCUGAAGGAGUUCAACCUUGUCUAACACAAACAUAAAAUCAU